AUGUCUGUGCGACAGGUAAAAGAUACCAACAGGAACGUGGGUGGUGAUCAUGUUGAGGAUGGCGAUGGAACCGUUGAAUUUGUGUCGGCCUUAUUGUCGUUCGUAAUAACGCCCAACCUUCGUUUACCAGACUUUGUCGAAACUGCGUUUUUCCUGUCUUUCCCGCUUCCCUACUUCCUCACGCUAACUGGUACCGAGGACCCACUAGUACUGCUACAGGGUUUUUCGUCAGGUGAGGUAGAAAUACCAAUAGGCCUGAAGACCUCAGCCCUGAUUCCGGUUGAGACGGACUUACUGCCCGGCUUAAAGCAGUGCCGGGGGGGGGGGGGGGGGCUAAUCAAACCCUCGUCAGUCCCCGAGGACACUACCUACGGAGGUAGAAUAUACAGCGAAGGACCCGAACCCAUAAGUAGUAUUUUUCUUGAAGAACAAUCUAUUGGUCCGGCUACCCAGCCCACAAUGGUACCUGCCACCCGGCAAAUGACAAGCGAGGCUGUCUAUGCACACAUCUUGGAUAACAUUCUCUUGUUGUCCCAAGAACACCCUAUCCGUCUUAGCUUCCAACAGCAGGGAUACGAAACAGCCAUCGACAUUCUCUCUAUCUUUGAGAACGAACUCGAUGCCCUCGGUUACAAGUCUCCCACGCCUAUUGACGGUGUAGACAACCCACGGAUCCCACUGCUCAUGGCGCAUCGACAAAUCCUGCGUCAUUUUCUACGUUGGCAAGCAUCCCUUGAACGGCAAAAGGGGAGCCCCAUGAAGCCUUCGGAACUCAUUGCGUUGAACAACGAAGACUUUGUUCAGUAUCGAGGAUCAGCACUUGGCCAGGUAUCGACAACCAAUAGUCCCUCGACUUUGGCCCCCACCUCAACGAGCAUCACCCCUAAAGUGCGAUCUGCUGCUGACGACUUCAGGCGUGGCGUUAAAUGUGACAAAACGCAUUAUCCCGUACUCAAGGAUGACAAGUACUGGGAUAACUUCUACCGUUUGUUUGUGGUCACUGCAGUCUCGCAUAAUGUUGAAAAGGUCCUUGACCCAAUGUAUGCUCUUACAGAGCCCUCUGACAAAGCACUUUUCGAAGAGCAAAAGAAGUUUGUGUACUCUGCACUAGAACACACACUGCAGACAGAUAUGGCAAGUGCGAAGAUCAGUUCAGCCACCACGCUUGGUUACCUAACUACGGCGAAAUAUGGAUCCUCAUGGACAGGCACAGCAGAAGGAUUUAUCCUUCAUUGGAAGAACCACCUUUGUAUCUACCACAAUACUGUACCAAUGGCUGAGCAACUCCCAAAGCAACUGUGUCUUAGUCUUUUGGAGAAUGCUGUCCACAAUGUACCGGAACUUUGUCAAGUGAAGAUCACAGCCACUCUUGACCUAGCCAAAGGAGACUUUGACACUGAUCCGGAUGUUAACUACAAUAUUGACUUGUCACCUUCCGUACUCUAUGAAGCCAAUGCGCAUGCCCGCAGGGAGAAUUGUACUAAUAACCGACAUCAUAGUACGCCCACUAACCGUGAACGACCUUAUAUCCCUAGAGAUAUGUGGAACCAGCUCUCAGAUGAUGCUAAGGCUAUACUUCAGGGAUUGGCUGCCCCAGCUAAGGUUCUCCCGGUUAGUAAUGGAUUGGCACGUCCCUUGAUGGCGCAUGUACAUGCAACUGGCAGUCGCGACGCAGCCCCGGACGACAACAAUGGAACUCCCGUGGAUACCUUUCAUGAUUGUGCACCAGAAACGGAACUCCUAGCACAUCUUUCUGAUCGGGUUGGACGUAUGGAUCCAGGCGACAUACGUAAGGUACUUGCAGCGUCACGCAACACCGUAUCAACGGGUUCCCUCCGUCCUCAUGGUACCACCAAGUCACUUCAGUCAAAUGUGUUACAGUACCAAGUCUCCCGACACACAGUACAAAAUACCACAUCUGCACUUGUCGAUCGCGGUGCCAACGGUGGACUUGCGGGGAGUGAUGUUACCGUACUGCACAAAACUGGACGUUCAGCCAACAUAACCGGUAUAAAUGAACAUACCUUGUCCAAUCUAGACAUUGUCACGGCUGCCGGUCUUGUCGAAUCGCAACGAGGGCCCAUUGUUGUUAUCAUGCAUCAAUACGCGCAUCUUGGUAAAGGUAAAACCAUCCAUUCCAGCGCCCAACUUGAACAUUGCCACAAUUGUGUUCAAGAUCGGUCUCGUACCGUGGGCGGCAACCAACGUAUUGUUACCCUGGAUGAUUACAUCAUCCCACUAAACAUACGACAGGGUCUUCCGUACAUGGAUAUGCGCGCACCCACCAGUCAUGAACUUCAUUCCCUUCCCCAUGUUGUUCUUACUUCUGACGUUGACUGGGACCCAUCAGUUCUCGACAACGAAAUCGACAUGAAGGCUGAAUGGCAUACCGACAUCCAUGACUUACCUGGCAUGCCAUAUAUUGAGCCACGAUUUGACAAUCUCGGCCAAUACAUGCACCGACACGUUGCCAUCUGUAAUUCUCAACGUCACGAUGCUCUCGACCGUAUACUUACGUGUAACAAGCAUGCUGUCCAACGCAAUGAACAUGAUUAUGAUGCCCUCCGUCCUUGCCUGGCAUGGGUCUCCAGUGAUACCGUUCGCAAAACCAUUUUUGCAACCACUCAAUAUGCGCGUGAGGUCUAUAAUGCACCUCUACGGAGACGUUCCCUGGUCACUGACGUCUACCCCAUGAAAACCGACAAAGAAUUUGUCAACGCCCUAGAGGAUCAUAUCCGUUACCGUGGGGCCAUGGAUAAGCUCAUCAGCGACCGUGCUCAAGCUGAGAUCAGUAAAAAGGUUACUGACAUUACACGGGCUUACCACAUUGACCAGUGGCAAAGCGAACCACAUCAUCAGCACCAGAACUUCGCUGAAUGA